UUCAACACCGGCUCGUGUCGCGUGAACAUUUGAGGUCAAGUCUACACUGUGCGUCCACGAAAGAUCAUCACUAGAAACAUCCCUUUAAGACCGGCGUUUAAAAAGCAGACAAAGUCUGAACCUAACAAGCAAGUAUCCGCGAAAGAGAUAGAUCUAGAGAAGCGCAACAAUACAUCGAACAUGAACGGACAAAUGAACGGUUAUCAUAACUCUCUGAUUGAUGAAGACUGCUUUUUGUUCACGUCGGAGUCUGUCGGUGAAGGACAUCCUGAUAAGAUUUGUGAUCAGAUCAGUGACGCCGUGUUGGACGCCCACCUCAAACAGGACCCUGAUGCCAAAGUAGCAUGUGAGACGGUUGCUAAGACUGGAAUGAUCUUGUUAGCCGGUGAGAUCACCUCUCAUGCUUCAGUGGACUAUCAGAAGGUUGUCAGGGAUACCAUCAAGCACAUUGGCUACGAUGACUCUUCAAAAGGGUUUGACUACAAGACCUGCAAUGUGCUGGUGGCUCUUGAGCAGCAGUCUCCUGAUAUUGCUCAGGGAGUUCACCUUGACCGCAGUGAGGAAGACGUUGGAGCUGGGGACCAGGGCCUGAUGUUUGGUUAUGCCACUAAUGAGACUGAGGAAUGUAUGCCACUCACCAUUGUUCUGGCACACAAGCUGAAUGCCAAAAUGGCUGAGCUACGCCGCAACGGCACCCUGCCUUGGCUGCGACCUGAUUCCAAGACCCAGGUGACUGUCCAGUACAGGCAGGAUCGUGGUGCCAUGCUCCCAGUGCGUGUGCACACCAUCGUAGUAUCCGUGCAGCAUGAUGAAGAAGUGUGUCUGGAUGAGAUGCGGGAUGCUCUGAAGGAGAAGAUUGUGAAAGCUGUGGUUCCCAGUGUCUAUCUGGAUGAUGACACCAUCUAUCACCUACAGCCCAGCGGACGCUUUGUCAUUGGAGGCCCACAGGGAGAUGCUGGUUUGACUGGCCGUAAGAUAAUUGUUGACACUUAUGGAGGCUGGGGUGCUCACGGAGGUGGAGCUUUCUCUGGAAAGGAUUACACUAAAGUUGACCGCUCCGCUGCAUAUGCUGCCCGCUGGGUAGCCAAGUCUCUGGUCAAGGCUGGUCUGUGCAAGCGUGUGCUGGUCCAGGUGUCUUAUGCCAUUGGUGUGGCCCACCCUCUGUCUAUCUCCAUCUUCCACUAUGGAACCUCCCAGCGGAGCGAGAAGGAGCUGCUGGAUAUCGUGAAGAAGAACUUUGACCUCCGUCCUGGCGUGAUUGUCAGAGAGCUGGACCUGAAGAAGCCCAUCUACCAGCGCACCGCUGCCUAUGGCCACUUCGGCCGUGAGUCCUUCCCCUGGGAAGUUCCCAAAAAGCUUAAGUACUAAAUCUGUACCCCCCCCUCCUUUCCUUGGGCAGUAGGUGUACAUUACAGAGAAACCUACUCAACCCGUGGAGGGGGGAGAUGAACCAAAACUCCUCACUCCUAUCCUCACACCCAUUCCCAAAGCUAAAUUAAAUGCCCUUUCCCCCUUCAAUGGCGCUUUCCCCAUACAACUCAAACCUGUUCUUUUGCUGUUUUUGUUUUGUUUUUGUUUUUGUUUUUUUUUUUUGUUUUUUUGAGAGAUCUGUGGAUGAUGACUCAUGGAUUUUGUUUUACUUAUUUUAUAAUGCCCUCUUCACCCACCUCUCUUCAGCCCUUCCUUCCUUACCUACUUGCUUGAAAAUUCAAGUCAUGGCACAAAUGUGGGUCAAGGUUGGUUUGUAAUGCUAUGCAUUGCUUGCUGAAGCACUAAACCUUCAGUUUUUGUUUUACCAACUUAAAUAACCAAUGUUUAAAGAGAGAGUGCACCAAAAAAAUAAUUCUGCAGAAAUUGGCUCGCCCUCUUGUUUUUCCAUACCAGUAUGACUUGUUCUUCCGUGGAACACAAUAUCGGAUAUUAAGCAGAAUUUAGUCUGUCACCAUUCACUUUCAUUGUAAAAAAAUGACUCGAUGAAAGUGAAUGAUGACCGAGGCUAAAAUUCUGCCUAAAAUUUUUAUUUGUUUUCCACAGAAGAAUUAAAGUCAAAUGGUUUGGAAAAACAUGAGGGUGAGUAAAUUACCAUUUUGAUUUUUGGGUCACUGUUUCUUUAACAUAUUCCAGGUUGACCACUUAACAUGUAUACCAUCAAAACCUCUCGUGAAAUGUAGGCUGAAUGUUCAGAAACCUGUCUUCGGUUAGAUUUAACACAUACAUUUAGGUUACGUAGUGCAGGGAUUGGAUGAGAAUUUUUAAGAGUUUUACAUUAAAAUGUGUACUGUUAUAGUGGUUAUAUCCUAGUCACUGCAGGCCAUAUUUGUUUUUCUGACGUGUUACAGAGAAGUCAGAAGCUGCUACCAACCUUUGUGGUUCUGUAGGACUUGUGACAUAACCAUUCCCCAAAUCCCCCCUCCCAAACUACUCCAUUCUGAAUGGUGAUUCCAGAUAAAACAUCCUGGGAGCUGUUUGUGAUGUUCUACUAGACCAUGGUGGAGGCAAAGCACUCCCUCUCUGUGUGCAGCGACAGCGGGUGUAGCUACAGAGAAGCCCUGCUCCCUCACUGCCACAAAGGGGCUGCCUCCACCUUGACUUUCUCCAUACUUGAAAAACUAAACCUAAUAUUUGCUUGGUGGUCGUCUUGAGCCUUGGCGUCGGUACAGAAAAGCCCGGGACCUCAAGGUCAAUGCCUUUAUUACGUUUUGUAUAUGAAAGGAAUCGUUUUUAAAGAAAAUGAGUAUUUUUAUUUGUUUCAACACCAUUGUCGUGGUGUAUUUCCCACGUGCCCUCCUGUGGCGUCCCUAGGUGUCCUACAGAAAGCUUUGGGCUCUCGACACAGAGUGGCACUGGUACUGUGACAGUUGUUACUUUUUUAUGAGAGUGAAGGCAGAUAGAUGAGACUGACCAUAUGCACUCGUGCACGUUUUAUGUUCGGGACUCCCGAGCGUUCCCACGGAUAGAAGCGAGUCUGGCCGGUGUUGUACAGAGAAACCGGCUUCGUUUACAUGCUCUCUCUGUUGGUUCUGUGCGGGUUGCAGUCUUUUUAAAAAAUAUAUAUUUUUUUUUUAUAGAUCAUCUUCUGUUUUUACUUCAUAUGAAUUUUGUUUUAAAUUGCAGACAUUGGUGCAUCAGACUGGUUACUGAAAGAGUAGAAGUGCCUUUUUCUAUUGUUUUCUUGUUUUCUUUUCCCUCUUCUUACCCCCCCCCCCCAGCGAACUCCUGAAUUCUCUUCCUUACAAUGCUCCAUGAUGGUUCUGUCCCUUAUCAGUGAACUGAAUAAAAAUUCUGCCCUUAUGUUGUGAUGUUUUAUGGUAUCUCACAUUUGUCAUAUCAGUUUUGUUUUAACAUUGAUGCAUGAACAUUGAGAAAGGGUGGCAUUGGCAAUACCAAGUACUAUCAAGGCCAAGAUCGCACAUAAUCACUUUCAAAACCACAAAAGUAGACCAAAGUGCUGUACAGAGAUAAAAUGAACAUUGCAUUUAAAAAAAUCAGACAAAACAAUUAUCACAAUAAGCCAGUAUUAAAAUACUUAUUCAAAAGCCAGUGAGAAUAAAUGGGUCUUAAGACUACUCUUAAAGGCAUCAAGGUAGUGGGUUUAAUAACCGGAGGCAAAUCAUUCCAUAAUCUUAGCACCACAACAGAAAAAUCGGUGUCACCCAUGCACUUCAAAUGAGACUGGGGAACAUUGAGGCACAGCAUGGUCGGUAGAACGGCGAGACCUCUGGGAUUGGCGAAAGCUGAUUAAGUCUGAAAAGUACUCUGGUGCUCAUCCAUGCAAGGCUUUUAAUAUGAAUAACACCAAAAUGUUUAUCGGCAACCUAUGUUAUUUCAAUAACUAUACUGAUACUUCUAUUCAUUUAUUUAUUUUGCAAUUUACUGGGAAGAAAAUGGGCCUUUUAGCCAUUUAACAUAUUUAAAAGCCAACAUUUUUUUUAUUUAUCAAUGGUGACAUUUAAAAAAAAAAAAAACUUUUUAUUUCUAAACUGCAAAUAACCUGACAACUAUUGUUAUUUAAUUAGCAACUGAUCAUUGUCAGUCUUUUAAUAGAUUUAAAUUUUUAACAAUGUUUGCUGUCUAUGACUGCUUGUAUUUUUAGCAUGUUAAGAUGAGUGGAAGGAGAAAUCAUCCAAACAUACAAAAUAUUUGCCUUAUAUAGUUCUCUUUUCACUUUAAAUCUUAUGAAACAAUUAUUUAUAUAGUAAACAAAUGUAAUGCUAGUUAAAUAAAAGCCUGUAGUAUUUUUAUAUGCGAGUAUAUAUAUACUUGAGGAUCGAUCCGCCAUCAGUAAUUCUGAUGUCAGGGUUGUGAUGUUCAUGGCAUUCAUUUAAAAUUGUUAUUUGCAGGCCUGAAAAAGUCUUAGAAUAAAAUCAUGAAAAGGUCAUGGACAUGUGUAUAUAGUAGAGAUGCACUUAUAUGAAAACCUUUGGUCAAUGCCAAUUUAAAAAAAACAAAAAAACAAUAGGUGAUGAUACUGAUAUUUUGCCACUUGUUUUAUUUGGGAAUGCGUAACAAAUUUAUAAAGAGGUACAAAAGGUCUUUUUUUUUUUUUUUUUUUUUUUGUACUCUUCUAACAUUUCCAAUACGUGUAAUUUUUAAAGUCAAAGUCUGCUGUUUUCAAAAGCGUUUUGAAUAGUUUCCAUAAGUCUCAUCCAUUUAUGCUGUUUUUUUACACAAUGUGAGAACGAGAAGUAAUAUUGCAUUUUUUUUUUCUAUGUUCUUAGGAGUGCUAACCCUUCAAGAUAUUGUUGCUAUUAUUAUUUUAACAAAAUGUGUCACUAAAUAAACCAUAAUUUUUUUUAAAUCAGCGUUUUCAUGCUUAUUACCGAUAUGCUGAUUGUUUUAUUUUGGUCAAUAAUUGGACUGAUACAUGGGUGCAUCCCUAGUAUAUAGUAAAUAUUUUUUCCAGAUUUUCUCAGUUAUGAAACAUUUCAUUAGCUAGGAAUUGCUUUUUUUGAGUACAGUCUCUAAAAAUGUAUUUAAAAUAAAUCCUUGUACAGUAAUCCCAACUGAAAAGCCAUGGGAAUUUAUUGGGCAAAAGCUGGGGGGACCCUGUAGUCAAGAGACAAAGAUCUGACCCGAAGCUCAUUCUUCUGUGAAAAGCUGUUCUUGAUGCAAUUUCAACAUUAACAUUUAAGUCAAAUAAAAAACUGGUGGUGUAAAAGACA